AUGUCGGACUUCGACACCCACACCAUGACCGGCACGCGCACCCUACGGCAGCAACUCACCGAGAAGAUCACCACCCUCGCGAAGUUGUUCUCUACCCUGCCAGACAGCCUUCCUUACGUAUCUGGCUCUGCAAAACCAGUACUCGAUGAAGAAGACAUUUUAGAACUCGGGUACAGUGGCGCGCUCAAUCACUGCUUCCACGGCCUGUGGGGAUACAAGGCCGAGGGGCUGACUAUAACAGAACGGGGCUACAAGCUCAAAAGCUCUAUAGCAUUGCUGAACAUGGUCAUCGUCUCCACGGACGACCUGGUCAUCGUGGAAUCAUGGGUCGAUGCACUUGCACAGGCUGUGGAAGCCAGUGGUGCAUCCUGCUUAGACGACCACAUCAAUCCCAACACCACCCCCUGCCAAUGCACAUGA